AUGGGUCACGCGGAACUAGAACCAGAAGACAUUGAUGAGUCCAUUGGACCACUUCAUAGCGCUAUCAAACGCACUUGGACUAACUUAUGCGAAACAACCAGCAUACAUGGUCUCAAGUAUACCAGAGAUGACGAAACUAAUAACAUUGUGCGAUUCAUUUGGAUUCUGAUUAUAAUAAUUAUGUUCAUCUGUGCCAUAACAAUGGUUUGCACAUUUUACAUAGACUAUCGUAGCAACCCAACGCGCAUGAAUGUCGAGAACGACCAUGCACCGAUUUCAAACCUGUUAUUCCCGGCGGUCACUGUAUGUCCAGAAGUAUUAUUCAGUGGUCAAAGGUCAACAAACUAUGUGCAAACAUUGAAACUACCGACUAAUGUUACGGUGCAGAGAGUAACAGAGUUGUUACGUAUUAAUUAUGGAUUUAUAAACAAUAAUGAACAAUUUCCAAUGUCUGAUGCGCUAAUAUUGGAAAAUGUGUUGGAACUAAACAAUUUGACAGUGACAAAAUUCAUUGAAAACUUGCGCUGGCGUUGUUCUGAUCUACUCUUUCGCUGCCGCCUCUAUUGGACUGUCAUGGAUUGUUCAACACUUUUUCAGAUAGCGAGAACAUUUUAUGGUCAUUGUUGUUCCUUUAAUAUUAAACAAGAAGGUGUAAACUUUACGAAUAAAUAUUCACUUCCCGGCCAGCGGGAUGGUCUUUCUAUAAUACUGUAUUACAACGACACCGACUACGAUCAAAUAACUUCCUACUCUCUUGGCUUUAAGCUGCUGAUACAUGACCCUGAUCAUUUUCCCAGCGCACAUGACACCGCGAAAUUCGUCGGCCUAAAUGAGGAGGUAUUUGCAACGAUAACCCCUGUGGAAACGUUCAGUUCUAGUGCAGUGAAAAGUCUAGCAAUCGAAGAACGUCAAUGUGUGUUGCCUCAUGAAGUGCCAAUGAAGUAUUUCAAAUCUUAUGUGGGGGCCCAUUGCGAACUCAACUGCCGCGUUAUGAAUAUGGUGAAGUUCUGCGGUUGUUAUGCGUACUUUUUCGAAAUCAAAGGCGUCAAGGACCGCAUAUGCAGCUACAAAGAUGUGCCAUGCCUGACCGAGAAAUUUACUGAUAUAUUUGGACGCUUUCGUAAUACGCAAUGCACUUGUCCAAAUGUUUGUGAGCGUAUUGAUUACGAUACAGAUUUGGACAGCGCCGAUUUGGACCUAAAUGUGCCCACUGUUGAUACUUUUUAUGAUGACAUUCAAAAGGAUUAUGCUGUGGCGCACAUCUUCUUUAACUCUCAAGUUUAUCGACGAGUCAGACAUGAUCUACUGUCCAAUAUGGUAACUCUUGUCUCAAAUCUGGGUAGCGCAUUCAGUUUGUUUGUGGGAAUGAGUAUGGUUUCGGCCGUUGAGAUCAUCUACUAUUUCACGGUUAUUCUGCAAAAAAAUUACUUACAGGAGAUCAAGGCACGUGAUAAGUUACUCUUCCGCAAAAGUGCGAAGCUAAAGAUCUUGACCAGGGAGCAAGAAACUUCAAAGAAAUUAUAA